AAGUGUCCCCCCAUCUUUGACUUCCUUCCCGUUCUUUUUCUGACUUGUUUAGGUGAGGGGUUGAGAAGGGACAGGCCCUCCCUGCUGCCUUCAGGUUAGGAGUCAUGAUACAGGAUAUGUGGGUAGUGUCCAGAGGGAGGGGGGCCCUGACCUAGCUGGGCCCUUCCCACAAGCAGAACGGCUGUCAGUCACCGCAGGAAGGUGGGGCCGACCGUCCCUACAGUCCUGAGUCCUGACAAGUGUCUGGGUUGGAGUUCCCUCCCACAGGCUUGAUGCCAGCUCUGUUGGAGCUGGCCAGACCAGCAUGGGGGGUGGGGUUGCAGUGGUGAGGGUCUGGUGAACAGGGGCAUGAGUGAGCUGGAAGGAGUUGGUGGUGACUGGAGGGAGAAAGCCUUGUUGAUCAGACACUUGCGAGCUGCAUGUUCUCGAGAGCCUAGCAGCAUCUUCUGGAUGGGUGGCCUUGGACCACAAUUGUAAAAUUUUGGGGUCGGGUUGUCCUGACUCCUACCCCUGACCUGGGCAAGAAUGUUCCACCUGUAGUUUCCAACCCCACGGCCUUCCCAUCAGAUCUGGCAUCUAACUUGAGGCCCUGGGCCAGCCCUCCCCACUUCAGCUCCCACCCCCAUCAGUCAGCCUGGCCUCCAUUGUCCCUCUCUCCACUUUUACUACCAUUUAUCUUUGUUUUCCUGAGGCGGGAGAAAGCUACAGCAUUGUGCCUAAGGUGACAGAAUGUGCAGUGGUAGAUAUCCAGAGACCUUCCAUUCUCCUUCCUCCCACCCCACUGCGGCUCCCUCUGCCAGGAAGCACCUACUGUGUGCCAGGCCCCAGGCCACUGCUGUGCAUUAGCCAUUAGCUCUGGGACUCUCCGCCUUAUCCAAGGCCCAGCCAUGGGUGAGCUAGUAUUUGCUUGCCUGCUGCACUCCCUUGGGUUGUGGCACAGAUAAGAUAGGCUGCCGCCUAUGUGCAAAUUCCCAGGGAGUUAGCUCUCACUCCACCCCAUUAUCUCCCAGUUAUCUCCCAUUCAGGAAGGCUUUGUGGAAUGCCAGUAAGGAAGAAUGAUGUCAUUGCAGAGACAUUGAAUUCACUGAUAUUUAAACUGAAAAACCAUUUGCACUCUUCUCUGAUUUAACUAUUAAUAGCUACAAAUUAUUGGCCACCAGCCUCAUGCCUUUCUGGGACCAGCACACCACAGAGCCAAGACUGAGAACAACUGUGUUCUCCCAGCAGAUUCCCAUGAUAGUCCAUGAAGUGGAUAUUGCUCUAUUAUUCCUUCAUUUUGUUCCCAGAUGAACACACUGGAUCUCAGGACCAAGACCACAUAAAGAGUUAGUGGAGGGACUGGGGUUUUGAGGGCUUCUCUGGGGGCUCAGUAAAAGAUUCCAUCUGCCAAUGCAGGAGAUUCAAGAGAUACAGGUUCGAUCCCUGGGUUGGGAAGAUCCCCUGGAGAAGGGAAUGCAACCCACCCCAGUAUUCAUGCCUGGAAAAUCCCACAGACAGAGGAGCUGGCAGGCUAUAGUUCAUGGGGUUGCAAAAUAGUCGGACACAACUUAGGGACUAAACAACCAGCAGUUUUGAAUCCAGAUCAUCCUGGCUGGGCGCUCGCUGAGCGUUGCUGCUCCAGCUGGGACUGAACUUUGAGAGGUGCUCAGCCUCCCCCCUGGCUGCAACCCCUACCCACCAAUAAGCUGUGUGAGGCCCUUCCAUGUCUCUGCUUAAUCCAUCUCACUCUAGGUUCAGCUCCUUCCUUCUGGAAAUGACCUCCACUGACAACUCAACACUUUGGUUUUCUGAUGGCUUCAUUCCAGCAUUUUGUUCUAUUUGAGGUCACAGUUUCAUCCCUAAUCCGGCCCCUCAUACUUCCUGCUUCUCCAUCAGGCCCUGGAGGCCAGAAUGGGUCCCAGCUCUGGGAUCGGAAGGAAGAACUUCUCUGAAUGGCACCCCCUUUCCCUGCCAUCUCCUAGCAGUUCAUUCCCCAUGGCUCUCCACACUGGUGUUCCCCAACACCGUGUGCCUGAGGGUCUGUUCACCCUGUGCCUGAGGGUCUGUUCUGCUGCCCCGAACAAUCUCCCCUCCCAGAUGUUACCGCGGCUCCCUUCUCUCAUUCGUUUUUGUUCAAAUGUCACCUUCCAAGUACUGCCUUCCCUGGCCACCCUAUUUAAAACUACACACUCCACCCUCAACCUGCACCCCAUCAUCCUUCCCUGCUUUCUCCUAUCACCACCUGAUAUCCAAUCAAUUUUACUUAUUUUAUUUUCUGGCUCCACCCACAGAAUGCAUAGUCUGUAAGAGCAGGUUUGUGUUGGUUUUGUUGAUACAGAGUAGUGCCAGGCAUGUUGUAGGUGCUGGAUAAAUAUUUGUUGAAUGAAUAAAGGAAUGAAUGAGUGAAUAUCACAAGGCCCUCACGCUCCCGAAUCCCAUGGCAUGGUACCCAGCCAGCCCAGCGUCCCAGCGACCAACCCAGCCUGUCAUUGGAUCUGAAAUGGAACCAGCCUGUCUCUCAAUUUCUGAUGCUUCCUCAUUGUUCAUUUCCAAAAGCCGUUAAGCACAGCUGGCGUGCUGAGCUCCGCCUCUACUGCUUCCAACAGGUCAAGGAAUAGGUCCCGCUAUCGGACCAAAGCCGUGAGCUCCGAGGUGGAUGAGAGCCUUUUUGGAGCUAUCAAGCCCCUGACCCAGAGUGACAGCCCCAUCGUGCUGCUCCGAGAUAAGCAUGCCAUUCGGAAAACUCUCACGGCCCUGGGCUUGGACCACAAGCCGGAGACUAUCCAGCUCAUCACCCGGGACAUGGUCCGGGAGCUGAUCAUUCCCACCAAGGACCCUUCCGGGCAGUCCCUCAUCAUAAGCCCUGAGGAGUUUGAGCGGAUCAAAUGGGCAUCCCACGUCCUGACUAGAGAAGAACUCGAGGCCAGGGAGCAGGCCUUCAAGAAGGAGAAGGAAGCCAUUGUGGACACAGUGACCACACGCAAGAAGAUCAUGAAGCAGAAGGAAAUGGUUUGGAGGAACAACAGGAAGCUCAGCGACCUGGAGGAGGUCGCCAAGGAGAGGGCCCAGAACCUUCUGCAGAGAGCCAACCAGCUUCGGAUGGAGCAGGAGGAAGAGCUGAAGGAUAUGAAAAAGAUCAUCCUCAAUGCCAAGUGCCAUGCCAUCCGGGAUGCCCAAAUUCUGGAGAAGCAGCUGAUCCAAAAAGAACUGGAUGCAGAGGAGAAGCGGUUGGAUCAGAUGAUGGAGGUGGAGCGGCAGAAAUCGGUUCAAAGGCAGGAGGAGCUAGACAGAAAGAGGAGGGAGGAGAGAAUCCGAGGAAGACGGCACAUUGUGGAACAGAUGGAAAAGAACCAGGAGGAGCGAUCGCUGCUUGCUGAGCAGCGGGAGCAGGAGAAGGAGCAGAUGCUGGAAUACAUGGAAAAGCUCCAAGAGGAGGAUCUAAGGGACCUGGAACAGAGGCACCAGCAAAAGCUGAAGAUGCAGGCUGAGAUCAAACGCAUCAAUGAUGAAAGCCAGAGGCAGAAAGCAGAGCUGCUGGCUCAGGAGAAGCUGGCCGACCAGAUGGUGAUGGAGUUCACCAAGAAGAAGAUGGCCCGAGAAGCAGAGUUUGAGGCUGAGCAGGAGAGAAUCCGGAGGGAGAAAGAGAAGGAGAUUGCCCGCCUGAGGGCCAUGCAGGAGAAAGCCCAGGAUUACCAGGCAGAGCAGGAUGCCCUGCGGGCCAAGCGCAAUCAGGAGGUCGCCGACAGAGAGUGGCGCAGAAAGGAGAAGGAAGACGCACAGAAGAAGAUGGAAACGGAGGCCAAGCUGCGGAAAAGUCGGCUAGAACAGGUGGCUUUCAAGGAGCACACUCUGGCUGUUCAGGUGCAACGGGACCGGGAUGAGUUCGAGAGGAUUCUUCGGGCCCAGCGAGAGCAGAUUGAAAAGGAGCGGCUGGAGGAAGAGAAAAAGGCUACAGGGCGCUUACAGCACGCCAACGAGCUCCGGCGCCAGGUGCGGGAGAACCAGCAGAAGCAGGUGCAGGCCCGGAUCGCCACCUUCGAUGAGGGCCAGCGCCUCAAGGAGGAGGCCCAGAAGCGGCGUGAGCGCAUUGAAGACAUCAAGAGGAAAAAGCUCGAGGAGCUGAGGGCCACCGGCCUUCCUGAGAAGUACUGCAUCGAAGCUGAGCGCAAAGCUAACAUCCCAGCCAACACGUCUGUGAACUGAGGGAACCCCUCUGCCCCUCAGGAUGCCUUCAAGGGGGCAGGUUCCUCCCCAGCUCUCGGUGUCCAUCACUGCUGCUAAUCUAGACAGUUCUGAGUUAUAGAUUAAAUCUAUUCUUCUCUAA